AUGGAAGCCACCAUCUUCAAGGAGAGAAGAACCUCAUCAUCAGCCCUAGCGAUGCACAAACAAUCAUACUCAAUAACCAAAUCAAAACCAAAGAUCCGUAUAAUUCACAUAUACGCACCUGAGAUCAUCAAGACCGACGUUGCCAACUUCCGUGAGCUCGUGCAAAGUCUAACCGGGAAACCAGAAGACCGUGGCGUUUCCAAGACAAAGCCAAGAAGAGAUACUCAUCGUCAAGUACAAGACAUGAACAACAUGGUGAAACUAAGAGAAGUGGAGCGUUAUGAUCAAGGGUUCUGUUUAAACUCAGAGAUGGAAGAGAUCUCUAUGACUUGGAACGGUAAUAACGGCGUUGGUGAGAGCUCUGGAGGGUUCUUGAAUGGUCUGGGAGAUUUUGAAGGGUUUAUCCAAGAACUUGGUGAAUUUCCCUAUUUGCCCUUGACAUCCAUGGAUGUUUCUGCCUCUUCUAAUUCAUCAUCUUCCUCUCAUUUACAUGGUGGAUCAGUUUUCUCAGAUUCUCACCACCAAUUUGUGUGA